CGGCGGUGGCGGCGCCAUCUUGGGCGUGCGGCCGGGGCGUGAGUGCGGCUGGGGUUUGGCUGCGUCCCCGUCCGUGUCCUUCGCGACCCCGUUUCCGCGGGCGGACUCAGAGACGCACAUCGAGCUCUAGGGCUGAGUCCGGAGGGCACGCGCCGCGAUGAUGCUGAGAGGAAACCUGAAGCAAGUGCGCAUCGAGAAGAACCCGGCGCGCCUCCGUGCUCUGGAGUCGGCGGCCGGCGAGGGCGAGCCGGCGGCCAUGGCGCUCGCGCUGCCCGGGGAGCCGCCCGCGCCCGCGCCCGCCGAGGACCGGCCGGCUGAGGAGGGGGGCUUCACUAUCGACAUCAAGAGCUUCCUCAAGCCGGGCGAGAAGACGUACACGCAGCGUUGCCGCCUCUUCGUGGGCAACCUGCCCACCGACAUCACCGAGGACGACUUCAAGCGGCUGUUCGAGCGCUACGGCGAGCCCAGCGAGGUGUUCAUCAACCGCGACCGCGGCUUCGGCUUCAUCCGGCUGGAAUCCAGAACACUGGCUGAGAUUGCAAAAGCAGAGCUGGAUGGCACCAUUUUGAAGAGCAGACCUCUGCGAAUUCGUUUUGCUACACAUGGAGCAGCCCUGACUGUCAAGAACCUUUCUCCAGUUGUUUCCAAUGAGCUUCUAGAGCAAGCAUUUUCCCAGUUUGGUCCAGUAGAGAAAGCUGUUGUGGUUGUGGAUGAUCGUGGUAGAGCUACGGGGAAAGGUUUUGUAGAAUUUGCAGCAAAACCUCCUGCACGGAAGGCUCUGGAAAGAUGUGGGGAUGGAGCAUUCUUGCUAACAACGACCCCGCGCCCGGUCAUCGUGGAGCCAAUGGAGCAGUUUGAUGAUGAGGAUGGCCUGCCCGAGAAACUGAUGCAGAAAACUCAGCAGUAUCACAAGGAAAGAGAGCAGCCACCACGUUUUGCUCAGCCUGGGACCUUUGAGUUUGAGUACGCAUCUCGAUGGAAGGCUCUUGACGAGAUGGAGAAGCAGCAGCGUGAGCAGGUUGAUAGAAACAUCCGAGAAGCCAAGGAGAAACUGGAGGCAGAGAUGGAAGCAGCCAGGCACGAGCACCAGCUGAUGCUGAUGAGGCAAGAUUUAAUGAGGCGUCAAGAAGAACUCAGACGCUUGGAAGAACUUAGAAACCAAGAGCUGCAGAAACGGAAGCAAAUACAACUGAGGCACGAAGAAGAGCACCGCCGUCGUGAGGAGGAAAUGAUCCGGCACAGGGAGCAGGAGGAGCUGAGGCGCCAGCAAGAGGGCUUUAAGCCAAACUAUAUGGAAAAUAGAGAACAGGAAAUGAGAAUGGGUGAUAUGGGUCCCCGUGGAGCAAUAAACAUGGGAGAUGCGUUUAGCCCAGCACCUGCUGGGAACCAAGGUCCUCCUCCAAUGAUGGGUAUGAAUAUGAACAACAGAGCAACUAUCCCUGGCCCACCAAUGGGCCCUGGUCCUGCCAUGGGGCCAGAAGGAGCUGCAAAUAUGGGAACUCCAAUGAUGCCAGAUAAUGGAGCAGUGCACAAUGAUAGAUUUCCGCAAGGACCGCCGUCUCAGAUGGGAUCGCCCAUGGGUAGUAGAACGGGCUCUGAAACCCCACAAGCGCCGAUGAGUGGUGUAGGUCCCGUGAGUGGUGGUCCGGGGGGGUUUGGCAGAGGGAGCCAAGGGAGCAACUUUGAAGGCCCUAAUAAGCGUCGUAGAUACUAAACAUUCUUUCAUUCCUGGCUAUUUAGAGAAAAAAAAUUCAUUGGUAUGCCUUUACACUUUUACUUGUUACCUAGAAGAAAUGGUUUUACUGUUAUUGUAUGUAGACUUUAAAGUUUUUCUUUUGUAAAACUUGAGGUUUUUGUAUUUUCUUCAUUCAUAAGCUUUGUAGUUUAGAAUGGAAAUGAUGACACGCAUCAUUGUGAAUGUUCAAAUGUGUUUGUGACUUAGCUGAAUACAAGUAUGCCCUAGAACUGUGAAUUCUGUGUAGUUAAUCUCAAUAAAGACAUCAUUUUGGAUAA